ACAAUAAGAGCUUAACAUGUUUUUGUUUCUGGGCUUAUAAUUUAGAGCCGUAAAAAUACCUCAUACGCUCCUGCUUGAUCAGAGCUCGAAAGGCACGAAAAAUGAAGAGACCAUUAGAAGAAAAGAAAGAUAUGGUCAAAGAGACUCUCCUGAGCACUUCAUCACCAAAAGGUGGUUCUGGAACCAUGCCAUUCAUCAUAGCAAAUUCGGUUCUUGAGAAGGUGGCAACUUAUGGGGUAUCGCCAAACAUGACUCUGUAUUUGUUGAAGGAAUAUCAUAUGGAGAUGGCAACUGCAUCAAAUAUCCUCUUUUACUUGUCUGCAGCUAACAAUUUCACGCCAGUUCUUGGAGCAAUUGUUGCAGAUGCUUAUGUUGGUCGGUUCCAUAUGAUCGUAUUUGGAUGCGUUAUUAGCUUUCUGGGGACUAUUGUUUUGUGGUUGACAACUAUGAUUCCCCAAGCAAGGCCUCCUCCAUGUAAUGAAUCCAGCAACAGUUGCACCUCAGCAACAUCUUUCCAACUCUUUAUGCUAUUCACAUCCUUUAUACUCCUAUCUGUUGGAGCUGGAGGCAUCAGGUCUGCUUCCUUGGCCUUUGGUGCAGAUCAAUUCGAGAAAAGAGAUGGAAAGAAAGAUGCAGUCUUGUUACAGAGAUAUUUUAGCUGGUAUUAUGUGUCGUAUUCGUUAUCUCUUGUCCUUGCUUUGACCUGUAUGGUGUACAUUCAAGAUCAAAUGGGGUGGCAAAUUGGUUUUGGAGCUUCAGUGGUGGUUAUGUUUUUUGCAGCUCUUCUGUUUUUUCUGGCUUCCCCCUUCUACAUCAAGUUAUUAUCGAGUAGCAGUACUGAGAUGUUGUACCAUCACAAGAACGGCUCAACACUGGUUUUUCCUAGUGAAAAGAUGAGGUUUCUAAACAAAGCUUGCAUAAUCCACGAUCCCGAGCAAGAUCUUACCCCUGAUGGAAGAGCUAAGAAUCCCUGGAAUCUUUGCACAGUGGAUCAGGUAGAGGAUCUGAAAGCACUACUUAAGGUGAUCCCAAUAUGGUUGUCAGGAAUAGUGACAUUUAUCAAUAUUAACCAGACCUCUUUUUCGGUACUUCAAGCAAGUUCCAUGGAUCGCAAGAUCAUGGGGAAUUUCGAAAUUCCAGCAGGUUCUUUUGGUAUAUUUAAUAUCAUUUCUAUGAUACUCUGGGUUGCUUUUUAUGAUCAAGUGCUUCUGCCGAUAGCAGCAAGAAUCAACAGGAAACCUGUUUACCUCACUGCAAGACAAAGAAUGGGAAUUGGAACGUUUAUCUCUUUUCUCUCCGUGGUUGUAACAGCAACCGUGGAAUGUAUUCGUCUUAGUCUUGCAUUUAAGGAAGGAAUUUCAGAUGAUCCAGAGGCAAUAGUGCACAUGUCAGCUCUAUGGCUUUUGCCCCAAUAUUGCCUGAUAGGAUUGACUCUGGGUUUGAGUGCUAUCGCGCAGAAUGAGUUUUUCAUUUCAGAACUCCCCAGAAGCAUGUCAAGUAUGGCUUCUACUCUCUGUGGAGUUGGAAUUUCUCUAGGAUGUUUGGUAGCAAGUUUUAUAAUGAGUACUAUUGAUGAUUUUACAAAAAGAGGUGGCGGGGAGAGCUGGAUUUCUACCAACAUUAACAAGGGUCAUUACGAUUAUUAUUUUUGGGUUCUUUCUGGUUUAAGUUUGGCAAACUUCUUUUUUUUCCUGAUCUGCUGUUGGACCUAUGGACCUUGUAGAGGGGAGGAAGGCAAUGUUAAUGAUGAAGAAGUUUCCUUGCGUUAGAAAAUAAAAUUUAAUGAAGAAGCUUCCGACUGGAGUGUCAAGACACCUUCACGAUCGAAACUGGUUUCUUAUGGAAGUCGUACAUAUGAAACAAAAUUUGAUCUGUCAUCUUUACUGGCUUUUCUCCACUCCUUGAAGUGCUGUACCUGUAUCAAAGCUCUUUUCUGCAUAACAUGCUUCUCAUCUAGGGCUGUCACAUCUCCAAGUUAACACUACGUGCGAUCGAAUUUCUCGACACCAGUCUUUGUUGGUCCUCAUUGUUGCAAAGCCUCCAGCGGUUUGUAACGGAGAUUUUAACAAAGUUAGCAAGAGCUCUCCAAACCCUGAGGAGAUUCUGUAACAAAGCAAAGAGAAAAUAAAAAUAGAGAUACAAUUUUACGUGAUUCGAUCGAAUGGCAUAUUUUUGCGGGCAAAGAUCUAGGAAUUUACAGGGCUCUUCUCUUGAUGUCUCUACUUGAACCUAAUUUGAGUUAUUUGAGCAAGUGACCCCGUUAAAGAACUCGAGCAUUCAACCUUUAAGAAUGAGGUAAAUGCACACCCCUUCAAAACUUGCGUGUGAUGGUAAUUUUAGUUGUGAGUUGAAACUACGGUUAGUUGGUACAAUUCAGAGUAUGGAUUUAGGCUAUAAGAGUAUGGAUUUAGCCUGUCCCUAAUUAAUAAUGCCACGAAAAGAGAAGGUCACCUUAUGAGAAUUGGCUCAACUGAUAAGGUUUGUACACUUUAUUUAAGGAUUUAAUGAAAAAUUGAGUUUAAAUCUCGUUACAAGAUAAUUCGGUAUUUUAAGUGACUGUAAAAAAUCACUGUUGAGAAUUUUUUUUUUGCACCCAAGGCCAAAUUGAUGACAAAAUUUGAUUGAUUGCGAUCACGUAUGCUCAUUUCUGCGCUACAUAUACUAGAGACAAUUUCACAUAGCUCCCCUUAUAUUCAACGUAAUUGCAGAAAAUUCCCCUCUAAUUAUUUUAAUAACAUAUAGACCCCCAAAUUCUCAUUCAAUUUGUUUCGGACUUAAAAGAAGUUUUAGAAUUAGAAGAGCACAAACAUGCCUCUCAGCAGAUUUUCCAUCUUACAUUUACUUAGAAAACUGCUACAGUAACAAAGAAAACCAAUCCCCCGCUUCCCCCGUCCCCAACACCAAAAAAAAAAAAA